GUUGACAAUAUGCAGACACACCUCUGUCUCCAGUUGUGUAGUGGCCGCCGUAGACAACACACGCCAUGUCAGAAGAUAAUCUCACCGCCGUCUUACACAAGACGAAAGACCUCCGAUUGGAACAAACUCCGAUCCCACAAAUAAAUGACGAUGAGGUCCUUCUGCGCAUGGACUGCGUGGGUAUCUGCGGGUCCGAUGUGCACUACUGGCAGAGCGGCGCCUGCGGCCACUUCGUGCUCAAGGAGCCAAUGAUCAUGGGCCACGAGGCUUCUGGAGUCGUUGCCAAGGUUGGUGCCAAAGUAAAGAACCUGGUCCCAGGAGACCGCGUGGCGAUCGAGCCGGGCGUGCCUUGCCGCUACUGCGAGUUCUGCAAGACGGGCCGCUACCACCUCUGUCCCGACAUCAUCUUCUGCGCUACCCCGCCCUGCCACGGCAACCUGGCGCGCUACUACAAGCAUGCUGCCGACUUCUGCUACAAAUUACCUGACCAUGUUUCAAUGGAAGAGGGCGCACUACUAGAACCCCUUUCCGUGGGUAUCCACGCGUGCCGUCGCGCCGGCGUCACUGGAGGCUCCACAGUGCUAGUUCUAGGCGCUGGGCCUAUUGGUCUGGUCGUUAUGUUGGCCGCUAAGGCGUUCGGUGCCAGCAAAGUGCUUAUCACAGACAUUCUCCGAUCCCGCCUGGACUUCGCCAAGAAGAUGGGCGCGGACGAAACCAUGCUGGUCACCCGCGAUGAUAACGAAGCUGAUUUAGUGGCCCGCACUCAUCAGCUCCUUGGCGAACACCCGGACUUCAGCAUUGAUGCUAGCGGCGCACAGUCCACUGUCAGGCUCGCUAUGCUGGCUACCAAAUCAGGUGGUACCGCGGUGCUAGUUGGAAUGGGCUCACCGGAGCUCACCGUGCCUCUUGCUGGCGCCAUGAGCCGCGAGGUUGACAUCCGAGGCAUCUUCCGCUACGUUAACGAGUACCCCAUCGCGCUAGCCAUGGUGGCCAGUGGCAAGAUCAACGUUAAGCCGCUGGUGACGCACCACUUCUCGCUUGAGGAGACGCUGGAGGCCUACGAGACGGCGCGCCAGGGCGCCGGCAUCAAGGUCAUGAUCCACCUGCAGCCCCGGGAUGCCAACAACAAGGAGAAAUUCUAAACUUGACCUUUUAAAUACACCACAAACAAAACAUUCAUCUGAAGAUUUGAAACCAGUGCCACAAGCGAGCGACCACACCACAACAAGCGUAUGACAAAGCUCGCAGAAUGUUCGAUGAUAGGUACCAGUGUGCGUAGCCGAAUGCACAAACGCUCACAAUAAUAUAUCUUUCGUAGCUCUUGCGUAUUGGCGCGACAGAGCCAGACUGCAUUUCUGCGGCGUUUGGCGUCGCAGAAAUGACAUCCGGCUACGGGGUCUGGUCCGAUAGGAUCCCCAGUUUAACCAAGAUACCGUGAGCACAAGCCGCCAUAUAAGUCACGGGCGUCAGUGUAUACGUAACAUAGGUAGCCUAGUCAGCGUCAGUAGUGACUACACAGCCAUGUUUUAAAAGGUGGCGAGAUAAAUCUACGUAGGUAAAACUCCUUGUGAUCUAACGUAACAAACACCUAACUCUUUACUACCUACUGGUUUCGAUUUCCGAUACUUACCAAAACUAUAUAUUUGGUUAUAAACUGAAUUUUGAAAAUAUGAAAUUUCAUGAAGACGAAGACGAAGACCUUAAAUUUUAAGAAUUUGGUAAAUAUAUAUUUUUUAUUUUAAAACAUUUACAGGGUUAAUUUUGUAAAUCUUGCAUUGUUCUAAAUGCAUAAUUAUUUAUUAUCUUUGAACAAAUCACAAAACUUCAUUUCAACAUUCUGAGCGGUGUUCUAAGCUAUUAGGCAUUAAUAUAAUUGAAAAAUUUUAGGAGAGUAUUUUGAAUUAUUGACACAUAGGUUCUUAUGCAUUUUAUAGGCGCUGUUGGCCAAAUAAUAAUGGUAGAUUGAUAUCAUGAAACAUUAUGAAAUAAGUUAUUUUAUUACAA